UCUGUUCUCACCACCUGGUGGCAACCCUUUGACAUUCCCAACCAGGUUCCAACCAAAAUUCUUGCCAUUAUUUCGUAUUAUUGCAAGGUUAAUUGCAAUGUUUGCGCUACGACACCUGAGACUGCAGAGCGCGAGACACUUUCGCAGCUCUUAUGCGGUGGUGGCAACAACAAAACACAUGCUGCCCCGGCAACCAGCGCGUGUUCUGGUUGGGGAUUUGUGUAACUGGGAUAGGCCAAAGAGCCACGAAAUAUACUCCAGAUCUUCAAGUACCUCCACCGUGCCUGCGAGGCAAAAAACACCCGUGGAGGAACUCCUGGCAGCCGCCAAACCAUAUGCUCAACUAAUGCGAAUCGACCGGCCCAUCGGCACCUAUCUCCUUUUUUGGCCCUGUGCCUGGAGCAUAGCCCUGAGUGCGGAUGCUGGAUGCUGGCCAGAUCUUACUAUGCUGGGGUUGUUUGGCACAGGAGCGCUAAUUAUGCGCGGUGCCGGCUGCACCAUUAAUGAUCUCUGGGACAAGGACAUCGACGCUAAAGUGGAACGUACAAAGACGCGACCUUUGGCUUCCGGUCAGAUCAGCCAGUUCGAUGCCAUAGUAUUUCUAUCAGCCCAGCUUAGUUUGGGUCUUCUGGUACUAGUCCAGCUCAACUGGCAGUCCAUAUUGUUGGGGGCCAGUUCGUUGGGUCUGGUGAUCACGUAUCCCCUCAUGAAGAGAGUCACCUACUGGCCUCAGCUGGUUCUGGGAAUGGCCUUCAAUUGGGGAGCCCUUCUGGGCUGGUGUGCUACUCAGGGCAGCGUCAAUCUGGCCGCCUGCCUGCCGCUCUACCUCUCCGGCGUUUGCUGGACCAUAGUUUACGACACGAUAUAUGCCCACCAGGACAAGCUGGAUGACCUGCAGAUAGGGGUCAAGUCAACUGCCUUGCGAUUUGGUGAGAAUACCAAAGUUUGGCUAUCUGGAUUUACGGCUGCCAUGCUCACGGGUCUCUCAGCCGCUGGCUGGGCCUGCGAUCAAACGGUUCCUUACUAUGCCGCUGUGGGAAUAGUUGGAGCUCAUCUAGUACAGCAGAUCUACUCCCUCAACAUUGACAACCCCAGUGACUGUGCAAAGAAGUUUAUAUCGAACCAUCAAGUAGGACUCAUUCUCUUCCUCGGCAUUGUCCUGGGCACCCUCCUGAAAUCAGACGAAACUAAGAAAAAGCGUCAAGCCACACUGACGACUACGGCGGCCAGCUCCUACGUUCCAACGCUGCCGCAGAAGCCAGAGGUUAUAAGCUGAGCUAAUUUUGACCAACAAAAAUAGUAGUGUUAAUUAAUGUUUAUAGCGCGCUUUUUUAUUCGCCAAAACCAAAGUCUUUAGGUAUCUGAUUAGGUAAAACCGUGUACAUAUGCUUAUGACAAUUUUUAGUUUAUUUGCAUUAUUUUAAGUAAAAAAGAUUGCCAAGUGCAGAACUCACUUAAACAUCAAUUAACUUUUAAUUGUAAGUACCCGCCUUGACGUAGCUCUUACGUAAAACAACCAUCUCCGAAACCCCCUUUCCCUAAUUUCUAAAACAAACUGGUUUCUGUAUUAAAUUCUUAUGUGUUAUUUAUUAUUAUACAGAUUUUGGUUGUCUAUCGAAAGCCAAAUACUCUUCAAAUGUA